CUGAUCAGCAGAGGUGCGGCUCUUCAACUUAAAAUAGGUUGUGUCAAAGCAGUGCCUGUCACUAUCUGACACCUGCGAGAGAAUCUGAAGCGAAAGACUUGGACGCUUUCUUUUCUUUUCCCAAUUGAAUCGUUUACUUUGAGUCUGCACUGGGGAUAUACAGGGAAGGACGACCGCAGAUUUCACUUUUGCGCUCAGAUUGUUCUUCCCGUCUCUCUCGGCAUGGCUUCAACAACCUGCACCAGGUUUACCGACGAAUAUCAGCUGUACGAAGAACUGGGAAAAGGAGCUUUUUCUGUGGUGAAAAGAUGUAUGAAAAACUCUACUGGUCAGGAAUAUGCUGCCAAAAUCAUCAACACAAAGAAGUUGUCUGCCAGGGAUCACCAAAAGCUGGAACGAGAGGCCAGAAUUUGUCGCCUGCUCAAGCAUCCCAACAUUGUGCGGCUUCAUGACAGUAUAUCAGAAGAAGGAGUCCACUACCUCGUCUUUGAUCUAGUCACAGGAGGAGAACUGUUUGAAGAUAUUGUUGCCAGAGAAUACUACAGUGAGGCUGAUGCCAGUCACUGCAUACAGCAGAUUCUAGAGAGUGUUAAUCAUUGUCACCUAAAUGGCAUUGUACAUCGAGAUCUGAAGCCAGAGAAUCUUCUUUUAGCCAGUAAACUCAAAGGAGCAGCAGUGAAACUGGCUGAUUUUGGGCUGGCCAUUGAGGUACAGGGAGACCAACAAGCAUGGUUUGGUUUUGCUGGAACUCCCGGUUAUUUGUCUCCUGAGGUGCUGCGGAAGGAGCCGUAUGGCAAACCAGUGGACAUGUGGGCAUGUGGUGUCAUUCUUUACAUUCUUCUGGUGGGUUACCCUCCAUUCUGGGAUGAAGACCAACACCGACUUUACCAGCAGAUCAAAGCUGGUGCUUAUGAUUUUCCUUCUCCCGAGUGGGACACAGUGACACCCGAGGCCAAAGAUUUAAUCAAUAAGAUGUUGACUAUAAACCCUGCUAAACGCAUCACAGCCGCUGAGGCCCUCAAACACCCUUGGAUCUGCCAACGUUCCACUGUAGCGUCCAUGAUGCACAGACAGGAGACUGUCGAAUGCCUGAAGAAGUUCAAUGCCAGAAGGAAACUUAAAGGUGCUAUCCUUACCACCAUGCUUGCUACACGGAACUUCUCAAGCAAGAAUCCAUACAAGAAGCCUGAUGGUGUUAAGAUCAACAACAAAACCAACGUAGUCGCCAGUCCUAAAGAGCCAGUCCCCUCUCCUGCUCUGGAGCCUCAAACUACUGUUAUCCACAAUCCAACUGAUGGAAAGGAAUCGUCAGAGAGUGCCAACACCACUAUUGAAGAUGAAGACAUUAAAGCCAGGAAACAGGAGAUCAUUAAAGUCACAGAGCUGCUGAUUGAAGCGAUUAAUAAUGGAGAUUUUGAAGCGUACACGAAGAUAUGUGACCCUGGGCUGACCUCUUUUGAACCGGAAGCUUUGGGAAACCUCGUGGAGGGGACAGAUUUCCACAGGUUCUACUUUGAAAACUCUCUCUCCAAAGGCCACAAACCCAUCCAUACUAUCUUGCUGAAUCCUCAUGUGCACCUGAUCGGGGAGGAUGCGGCGUGCAUUGCUUAUAUACGGCUCACCCAGUACAUGGAUGUUGACAGUAUGCCUCGCACCAUGCAGUCAGAGGAAACCCGCGUCUGGCACCGUCGUGACGGCAAAUGGCAGAACAUCCACUUCCACCGGUCUGGCUCGCCAACUGUGCCCACCAAGUGAGAUCGAAUGGCCUACAGAGCCCAUCUGCUGAUAUCAAAACAUCAAUUGAGCUUCAACAAGUGUAUGCCACACCACAACCAUGAUCUUCACUGUUUGAUCUACUGUACCAGAGUCUUGUUUACAUAUCGUUACUGCUGGAUUAUAGAAUAGAGAGGGAUGGAGAAUCAUUUUAUAUUAGGAUGUGGCAUUUAUGUGCAUGUGUGCGUGCAUGUAUGUGUGUGUGCGAGUAUUGAGUAUGCUAUUUACACACUAUACUCAUUAUGUGGAAUGCAUGUUCUUACUAAGUACUUUAAUCUUUUUUAAAGGGUUACAUUUUUGUAUAGCAUAAGCAUUAUGGAGCCAUUUGUUAGUAAACUGUUUGUGUACAUGGAUAUAUUUUGAUUGAUAAAUAAUUCAAAGAUUGUUUUACAUGUAAUCACAGGGAGAAAAUGAGAAGAUGCCAAGUUGUAAAUUAUAUGAAGAAAAAAAAAGCCAAAAAAAAAAACAAAAAAAAAUGUGUGCAUAUAUGAACUAAGAAUUUGUUGCAUUAUAACAGUGACAUCCGUAAUCCAAGUUAGACAUCUGUAAUUGUCUAGCAAACAGUGGAGUUUCCAAAAUAUUGUAGUUUUUUUUUGUUUUUUUUGUGCUUUUCUAAAUUUUUGAUCGACAAAUAUAAUGGCAGAGAAUUUACUUAUUACUUCAAAUGACAAAAAUGAUCUUGCUUAUGAUUUUCAGUGACGUACAACAUUUUGUGAAGUUUUGUGAAGUGCUAUUCUUGCUUUACACUUUGGAGUAUUAACGGUUUAAUGUUAGCAUACUAAGGAGAGUUGUGCUAUUUUAUGGGCUAGUUUUAAAAAAGAAAUUACAAGGGGAAUCAGCUUAGCUAGUGUUUUGUUAUUUUAAAUGUCUUCUGCUUAUAAAAUAUUCAAACAUUUUCAACAACAUACAACUUAUAAUGGGAAAAGAAUGUAACAUAACUCAUGAUAGACUGUACAAUACGUGCUCAUACACUCAUUUUAAGAAACACAAAUGGCUCGUAAAUCCACACAUAGCCUAUGCUCUUUUCUAAAACCUAGUGUGCAUUUUAAGGCAUCUUAAUUAUGCUGCCUCCUAAGAUACCUUGUUUGGACCAGAUUCAAAGGCAGCAUCAAAUGGCUUCUUUACAGAGAAAGCAAAGCCAAGAAUGCAUUGUGACAAGGUGAGUGAAAAAUAAAUCCAUGAUUGCGAGAGAAAUGCUGAUUAUAAAUAUACUUUAUAUUUCAUUUAUUGGUAAAAUCUAGCGAUAAAGAAAUUCGUUCUGUGUAAUAAAAAUGGGUUAUUUUAUCCAA